GGCUUUACGAACGUGGAGAAGAUUGAAGAACUCAUCUGUCAUGUGCUGUUAACGUCUGGACUUCCCAAAACUUCUACAAUAAUUUAAAUGUUAAACAUAUUCGUUUUUCCAAGUUUAAUGAUUAUGUGUCACACGAUUAUGUUGCAUAUUUAAAAGAAUAAACAAGCUAUCUGAUUUGAUAAUUUUUUGCGGAGUAAUCAAGUACUUCAGGCUAAAUCUGAAAACUUGUUUGUGUUAAGGAUGUCAAAAUCAAACAGUCUGAUGUAACUUUCAAAGAAGACGCAUUGUAAAACGAGGUAUAAAAUACAUAAGAAUUAAUUACAUGUCGCAGAAAUUUCGAAAUUUGGAAAAUUUUUGGAAGGACACAAUGCUUGAGAAAUACAGCCUGCUUCGUCAAGACUUUCUCAAUAUAGCUGAACCUUUUAUUGACAGUAAUGUUUUGGAUCAACUGAAACGCAAUUACGCACAUGAGAUCGAUUCGAAACGUAAAUUGAGUCAGAUAAAAGACCUCAAAACGUUCAUAAGAUUACUGGAAAAACGGAAUAUUGUGAGUUACAGCAAUAUAGAACCGUUAUGGUACAUAUCAAAAACAUAUAUUCACAAACCUGACUUAGAUAACAAGUUGCAAGAUUAUGAAAAUUGGCUGAAAAAUUUGACAAUGCCACUAUUAUCUUUAUAUGAUAUAUAUCAAAAAGAUGAAACAUCAGAGUUUACCAGCCUAGAGUCUGCAUGCAGUUCGCACCAUAAUUUAUCUCAGUCUUCGAUAAGAGGAAGUUCAACUAUAUUAUCUAGUAAUAUUCCACAAACAUUACAUUGUAAUCAGAAAACAAUAAGACAGAAUGUACAUGAUCUUAAAAUUGACAAAUUACAAAAUGAAGUGAUAGUUAAAAUCCAAGACAGAAUGGGUCGAUAUUGGCGAGAUAUAGCUAGACAUUUAGGUAUUAGAGAAUGUGAUAUUGAUGCUAUACAAAAUAAAUAUCCUUAUGAUUCGAGGGAUCAAAGCCGCGAGAUGUUGUUGAUUUAUACAAAGCAAUCUGACAUGGAACAAUGGGCCAUAAAUUUAAUACGUGCUUUAGAAAAAGCAAGACGGAGAGAUCUUAAGGAAAUUGUAGAGGAAUUAACAUUGAAAAUUGAGAAAAUGUAUUCGUAGUGAUACAGGUAGAUAAUACAAGAUUUUUCUACCGAUAUCUUUCA